CGCGUCCGCCAUGUCGGCUCCGGUUCCUUAGUGAACUACAUAUUGCGCAUGAGCCAAAAUGGCGCUAGUUUCAAAACCUCUUGAGUGUUUUUUUUUCUUCUUUAGCCUGUAAGUGGGAGGAGACUGGGUGCGGAGCGUGACUGUGCGAGUCCGCGUUGUUCGACGCUGCUGCGGAUUCCAGAGCCCGAGCUCGGAAGCAACGGCAGCGGGAGAGACCCCCGAGCGCUCCUCCUCCUCCUCUCACGUUUCAUAACGUUGACUUCACGGCAGGUUGUUGCCUUCAAAGCAACCUGAAUUCAACAUGAAACUCAAUUGAUUGAGAAGCAAACACACUUUAGUGUUGUGGAGCCUAUUGGAGUGCACACUUUUUUAACAGUGAAUCAUGCCUGCAAAGUGAAACUCAUCGUUGCUAAGCAUCAUCAAGUAACACCUACAUGAAUUCCCAUGUAGUCUUCUUCACCCCACGGCUGGAGUAAGUUCCUCCAGACAGCUUAAUUACUGGUCUGCUGUCAGAAAAUGGCGCAAUAUUUUAAAAUCCCUAACACCUAGAUUCAUGCACCUAAUUGGUAACAAGUUGGAUGAUCUUCUUACUGAAACCUUAACAAUCCCUCAUCCAGACCCUCUGCCUGCUUCAGAAAUGUCUCUCCUUCGUGCAUUGGGCCCAGUACAAACCUGGCUGGGACAGGAGCUUGAAAAGUGUGGAAUUGAUGCUGUGAUCUACACUAGAUAUGUUCUUAGUCUUCUUCUGCAUGACAGCUAUGAUUAUGACUUGCAGGAUCAGGAAAAUGACAUUUUUUUAGGCUGGGAGAAGGGUACUGGUAAAAAAUGGGGGAAGGGCAAAAAGAAGAGUACAGACUUGAGUCUUGAGGAAAUGAAGAAACAGGCAGCUGUGCAAUGCCUGCGUUCAGCCUCUGAUGAAAGCUCUGGAAUUGAAACCCUAGUUGAGGAGCUUUGCUCCAAGUUGAAAGAUCUUGAGAACAAGCAGAAAGAAGAAAAGCUAAGUAUAAAGAAAUCUGACGGAUCUCAGUCUCCUGAACUUGUAGCAUCUCCUUCAUCUAAAGAUCAAGUGGAAAUGUAUUACGAAGCAUUUCCACCUCUGUCUGAAAAAACUGUCUGUCUUCAGGAGAUUAUGACAGUCUGGAACAAGGCCAAAGCUUGCUCAUAUUCAAGUUCAUCUUCAUCAUCUGCAGCUCCUCAGACAAGCACUGAUACAUCUUCUCCAAAAGAUUGUAACAGUGAGGGUGAAGCCGUAAAAGAAAAAAACACUGAAACAUGCAGUACAUUAAGUGAACGAACCCAAAUACGAAAGAGUAAGAAGGAAAAAGAGAACCGAUACAGUAACACUAUCAUGGAUGUUAGAGCUACUCAAAAUAAAAAACAGAUAAGACACAGACCUGAAGCAAAACUGCGCCCACGCUCCUGGUCAUCAGGCUCUAGUGAAGCUGGCUCCAGCUCCAGUGGAAAUCAAUAUGAGCUUAAAACAUCAAUAAAAUCUAUAAAAACAAGACACAAGACACGGGAUGCAGGAAGAAACAAAAAGGGGAAGAAUAACCAGUUGAAGUUAUCUUUAAAGGGUGUUGAAAAAGAGGAAAGGAAAAGUGCAUGUGGAAGUAGCAGCAGUAGUGGUUUUGCCAAGCAGCAGCUCUGCAAAAGAGGAAAAAGGCCUUUAAAAGAAAUUAGAAAAGAUACCAGCUAUAGUGAAAUAAAAGAAUUUGGCCCUGAAAGUAGGAACAAAAAAGAAUACAAAGAGGAACCAUUGUGGUACACUGAACCAAUUACUGAAUAUUUUGUUCCUUUCAGCAGUAAAAGCAAACUUGAGACAACGUACCGUAACAGGCUGGAUUCACAUGAUGGUUUGUCUGUAGCUAGAGAAGUUGAAAAUUUGUCUGAGUCGGUGCAAGGUAUCUGCAUCGCAAACAGCAGUUUUCAGAGAACAUACCUCGCAGCAGGUACUUUCAUUGAUGGUCAUUUUGUAGAAAUGCCUGCUAUUAUAGAUGAGGUCACAGACCUCAAUGGGACCUCACACUGCCCUCAACAAGAGGAUAGUAGAGAUUUAGAUGAUAAGCAUCUGUCCGAAUUCACUCACUUCUAUGAAGUGGACAUUUAUCAAUCCAUAUUGGAUCCUAGUGCCUCAAGUUCAUUACAAGAAAGUCGGAUAUUAAAUAUGAUUCGACAAAAGAACAAAGAGCAUAGAGACUUUGAGGCAGAAUGUUGUGUAGUGCUAGACGGACUAGAACUGCAAGGGGAAAGUGCAAUAAGGACGGAUUCACAUUGUUCAGUUGGAGCAGAUGGGUAUUUCUUACAAGAUAUUGAAAGUAUAGCUCAAGUAUGGGAAUGCUAUUCAUCAUCUACUUCUGAUGAAAUUGAUGGAGAAAGUUUUGCAGGGGAUUCUCCCAUUCGUCUGUCCCCUAUUUUGAAUGAUACAGUAUUCAAUGCAACCAGAUUUUCUGAGAAUCAGGAUGAAACUUUUUCAGAAGCCAAUGAUGUCUCUGGUUUAAACUCCUCUUGUUUCUCACUCUUUGAAGUGCAAUAUGACAACUCUGCUAAUCCAUUUCCUUGUGAUUCUCUAGCUAUUGGUCAGCAAAACACAGAUCCAAACUGUAUAGAUUCAUUAGGAAAUAAACAGUCCCGUCUGCUUAUAUGGACCAAAAAUAGUGCCUUUGAUGAAACUGAACACUGUUCGAAUCUGUCCACACGAACUUGUAGCCCGUGGUCACAUUCAGAAGAAACUCGUUCAGAUAAUGAAACAGUCAACGUUCAUUUAGAGGAGUCAACACAGUUUAGCAUGGAUGACAUUAAGUGUAUUGUCCCUAGCAUCUCAUCCAAAUACCUAGAAGAUGAUUUAUUAGAUUUUUUGCAAAAAGACACCUGUGAAGAAAAAGAAAGUACUUUAAGAGAAAUGCCAGAUUUGCCAUUUAAAAAGACCUCUAAACUUGAGUCAGUAUGUGGAAUAAAAUUGGAAAAAGAUGAAAGCAAAUCAUUUGAAGCAUCAGCUCUUUUUGUAGAUAAUAUAAACCAACAGAAUGAUAACUACAGCUCAGGGAUAAUAAAGGACAUUUGGACAAAUAUUAGGGAAGGGGAUACAGCAGCAACAUUAGAAGAGGAUGGAACAGAGGAUUGCAUAUUUCCUCCAGAGACAAACACAUACUGUUGCUGUCUGGAUAUAGAAACAAAGACUGGUACUUUGCAGGUACCUCAAAAAAAGGCCGUUCAGAGGUCUGAAUAUCAUUUAUGGGAUGGAAAAAAAGAACAUGUGGAGGAAACGUCAGUUGUAAAAAACGAAAUUUCAAAUGUGGAUGGUGGUGACUAUACAACACCGUCAAAGCCUUGGGAUAUGAAUCCUGAUAAAGACAGCAAUGCAUUUAUUCCUGGAGGAGUUUAUGGAGAGCUGAAAUCUUUCAAUAGUGAUGGUGAUUGGGCAGUAAUACAGCCAACUCACUCUCGGGGAAGUUUGUUGCAGUGUGCAGCUUCUGAAGUGGUGACAAUUGCCGGCACUGAUGUGUUUAUGAACCCUGGGAACUGCUUUGCUCCUGGACACAAGCCGUUAUGGAGACCCUUGGUUUCAUUUGGGCAGUGUGACCAUACAGUUAAAAGAGGAGAUGGAUUGAAUAAGGGAUUUUCUUUUAUCUUCCAUGAAGAUUUACUAGGAUCUUACAAUAGUUUUCAAAAUGAUGAUCCUGGGCUUGACUAUUCUUUUUCCCCCUUUGACUUGAACAAUCCAUUUUCUCAAGUUCUCCAUGUAGAAUGCUCUUUUGAGCCAGAGGACAUUGCAACUUUUAGUCCAGGAUUUAAACCUAAGUCUAUUUUGUGCUCGGAUUCAGAAAGUGAAGCUUUUCAUCCUCGAAUAUAUGGUAUCAAUCGAACUCAGUAUAGGGCUAUUCGUAUUUCGCCCAGGACUCACUUCCGUCCGAUUUCUGCCUCUGAACUUUCACCAGGAGGAGGAAGUGAAUCUGAGUUGGAGUCUGAAAAAGAAGAAGCUAGUCUUCCUAUAGUCCUUCAGCCAGAUGUAUUUGAAGAUCCGCAAGCUGAUCUCAAACCAUUAGAGGAGGAUGCUGAACGGGAGGGUCCAUUCUAUGGCAAAUCAGAACUUGAAUCUGGUAAAUUUUUACCAAGGCUAAAGAAGUCCGGCAUGGAAAAAAGUGCACAAACAUCGCUGGAUUCUGCAGAAGGUUCAAGUAUUCUUUUGCCAAUCACAGAGCAAGAUGCAUACCUAGGUUCUGAUGAUAAAGCUUUGGCUGUUAAAACAGAAGGAGAAAGUUCAGUCAUAGACUACCGAACAGAGGAGCAUUGUAAAAAGAGUGAAGAGACAUGUAAAUGUUUAACAGUUGGCCAUGACCCUAAAUAUAAGAAGCAAUUUGAAUCUGCGGAGGAUCCUGAAGAGUUAUCUUCAGUUAGUUUUUGUGUGCAAGGAGAAAAUGAUAAACAGCAGGAUGAAUGCUGGUGGCAGAAAAGACUGUGCUCACCCGUUUUUCCAGGAUCACAGUGUGCAGAGUGUUGCUCCAAAACAAAAGAAAUGCAAGGAGUGAAGAAUUUUUCAGAAAAGGAGAAUCCUGUGGUAAUGAGUAUGACUGCGGCAACCUGUGACUCCAACUGUUCUGGGGAGAAGAAUUCUGGAGCUCGAGCUACUGGCUUUCGAAGACAGCUUUUUUCCAGUGAGAGCUCUAGUUCUGAUGAAACUGCUUCAGAGAAUGGGAGUGACUGGGUGGAUCCUUGUGAAGAAGACCUUAUUUCAAGAACUCAACUUUAACUUAUGUGGAAGGAAUGAACGCAUUAAUUUCAGUCUAGGGUGUUAAUAAGAUUGAAAUAUUUCCUAUUGGGAAUAUUAAAUUCAAAACUGUAACUAGAAUUUAAGUUACAUUUGAGACUCUUUUGAUGAUACUUUCACAGUUAGGCGUUAGGGACAAUCCUAAAUUAAAAAAAAAAAAAAAAUUAAGAAAAAGUUUGUUUUGUUUUGUUUGAUUUUUUUUUUUUUUUUUCUCCUUCUGUCCAGGUUUUCCAGAUACUUUUACUUUUGAAAUAGAUUAGAUGUGGUGUCAGAAUGGUUGUGCAUGUGCCUGUCUUACUAGUAUCACUGCUUUUCUUACAGCAUAACUGCAACUUCCAUUAACUUAAAUGUAACGGUACUGUUAUGCCAGCCAUCUUCCCUGCACCACAGCAUCUACUACAUCUUCUGCUCUUCAGAUAAUUCUUAGCUUAUGGCACUCUUUUAGACUUUAUUGUGCAAGAACUUGAAAACAAGUUAGUUAUGUGCCUUUAUAAAAGCGGGAGAAAAGAAGCAUGAAUGCAUAGUCCAGUCUUUUUACUUUUCAAGCAAUGACUUCUUCACAAAUCCUGUGAUAAGAAUGACUGAGUGGCAUUUAGCAUAUUUUUUUCUUUGCUGACUGAUAAGAUUCCCUUAAGUUUGGAGUAGAAAUCAAAUUAUAUGUUGCUAACUGUGAAGGCCCAGAAUUUUUCUUUAGGUUACUGUGAAAUCUGUAGUCCAUAGCAUUGACAGAAAAUGACUUAGUAAAGAGCUGGCAGAUCUGUAACAGAAAAUAUGGAGCAUACAGGUACCUGUGUUAUCUAGCAGUGGAAUGUUAACUGCAACUCUGACAACAUCCGAAGUUGCACUCGGUGGCUUACGUUCUUUAGUACAAAAUGGUGGUGGAGGCUGUGUAAAGAAUUCUGUGGCAAUUACAGUUGGUUAUUGUGACUGUGAUUUUGUAGGUAUCGUAAUUUUGUUUGUCCUUAGGGGUGAGUGUAAGGAGAAGUUGUGUCCUCAAAAUGAGUAUUCUUCAUUAACACGAGUGACUGCUGUAGUGGUUGUCGCAUUAUAUGGCUUGCUUUUGUUUCAGUUUGCAUUUUAUGAUGCAGACCAAUAAUUAUUCUAAAGGCAUCUCGUGCCAUUUUCAAUGCUGAAAGUAAAUUGGUAAAAAAAAAAAAACUUGGAAAAGACCAUUCGUCUCUGCAAAAACAGUAUUUAGUUUCAGAUUAUUUUCAUAAACCAUUGAAUAUUGUGCAUCCUUUAAACUUGUGAUAUAUUGUGCAGCAAAAAACGAACAUCCGAACCAGGAGCCACUUAAAAGAAACAGUUGACAUAUUAAAUGAAACAAGAAGUUAAUUCCAUUCAAACCAAAACCGAGAGGAACUGAUUUUGAAAUAUGUUCUUAAUGUGCGGUCACAUUUUUGCAAGUUAACUGUAAGCUACUUGGUGGGUGGUGAAAACAAAGUAUAAAAGGCAAAAUCAUUUUAUAGAAAGUCUAUUAAAAAACGAUCCUGGCCAAUGAAUAAUGGAACAGUUUCACUGUACAGAGCUGGUAUCAGACCUACUUGGUAUAUAACAGUCUUUUGUUAAUUUAUUUAAAAAUUAUGUUUAAUUAUACUUUUGUGAAGAAUAUUUAUUUUUUUAAUUUAUUGACCUUUUUCUCAUAAAAAGCACUUUUUGUUUAGUUUGGAGGAACUGGAGGUAGUUUAACUUCACUCUUUAAUAUCUUUUAUAGCUAUGACCAUCACAACUGCAGCGGCAUUAUUGCAUUGCCUAGAAACACUCGGAUUCCAUUUAUGUACAAACUGGCGGUCCUGUUCAAGUGACAAGGAUAGACAGACAUAUUCCGAAACUGUUCCACUCAGUUGAUUUUUGCAUGAAGCUCCUUUCUCAAGUGAGAAAAAAGCUGAAAAAUUAUGGGGUGAUGUUUAAAAGAAACGAUGUACACAAGUUAGACACUCCAACACCUUUCUAGCAAAUAAAGAAGACAUGGAGGAUAUAAACGCUUGGUCUCUUGUUUUUGUUUUUUCUUUCCAACCCCUCCUCCCAAACCCCCACCCCAUUAUAGUGUUUGUGUGAAUGGUAGUGCUUUAAAGCAUUUUGGAGAAUUGUUGAUGUUACUCACUUGCCUUGUGUCACAAAAAGAUUUUUUUUUUUGAAAUUGGAAAACUGCUGUACGCAUCAAUAAUGACUAUUACAAAAUUAAAAGUUUGGAAGAUUCACUUAUGAUUACUGUGGUAUGAAAAGUGUUGCAUAUCCAUAGCACUGAAACCUGGGUUCUCUCCAUUCCUUUGCUGUGACUUUUCUCUUUCUCGUCAUCCUUUUCCUAGCCCAUCCCGACCCCUGUUUUCCAGUUCAGGUGUUUGUAUUUGUUCUAAAUUUCAUGUACACCGGAAUAAAUGAUUUGUUUCAUUGUGGAGUUACUUAAAAAUAAAAAGAAAUAAAUCUA